AUGGAAACCAUCCACCUCAAAGCACUCGCAUUAAAUUAUCUAAGAAAUUUGUCUCUUUUAUGGGAUACUUCAGAUCCUAACGCUCAGAUACAAAAGCUACGAAUGCAUGAAGCAAAAUGCAUUCCUUAUUUACAAGAUUAUCAGAUGCUUGCAUCGCAUCUGACAUCUGCUGGUGGCUUUGGCGACGUGCCCGCAGGAAUCGAAAUCACCCAACGAACAGAAACGACACAAGGUCAGUCAUCAAGCCAAACAGUCAUGGGUAACACCACCGAUGCUCAAGCCGAGCAUCUCGACAUAAAUCCGGAGGAUUCCAAUCAUCUCACAAAUCAUCCGCGAGCAAGAUAA